GGGGCUUCGGGAGUUUCCGGCGUGGCGAAUUUUGCGACGGUCCCCGGAGCUGCGACUGCCCUCCUGGGGGCGGGGGCGGCGGCGCAUGCGCGGAGAUGCGGCAGCCCGUGCGUGUCGCUUGGCCGCAGGUUCGAGCCCGGGCAGUCGCCGCCAUGGCCGUGCAGUGCGGGCAGGGGCGCGGGGUGCGCAGCGUGCUGGGCACUAUGGAGUUCGGGCGGCGGGCGGGCGCGGAGGCCAGCGGGGCCAUGCUGCGGGCCUUCCUGGGCCGCGGGCACUGCGAGCUGGACACCGCCCACAUGUACGCCGGGGGCGAGUCGGAGCGCAUCCUGGGGGCCUGGCUGGCCGCCGAGCCCGCAGCGGCGGGGGCAGUCAAAGUGGCCACCAAGGCCAAUCCGUGGGACGGCAACAAUCUGAAGCCAGAGAACGUGCGCUCCCAGCUGGAGACAUCCCUCCAGAGGCUGCAGAUGGAGAGCGUGGACCUCUUCUACCUUCACGCGCCUGACCACGAAACGCCCAUUGAAGAGACACUUCAGGCCUGUGACAAGCUGCACAAAGAGGGGAAGUUUAAGGAACUGGGCCUCUCCAACUAUGCCGCCUGGGAAGUGGCAGAGAUUUAUACUCUGUGUAAAUCCCGCAAGUGGGUCCUACCAACGGUGUAUCAGGGGAUGUACAACGCCACCACGCGCCAAGUGGAGUUAGAGCUUCUGCCAUGCCUGAGACAUUUUGGAAUCCGGUUCUACGCCUACAAUCCUUUGGCUGGAGGCCUUUUGACUGGGAAAUACAAAUAUACAGAUAAAGACCAGAGCCAUCAGCCACCUGGCAGGUUUUUUGGCAACAACUGGGCCCAAAUCUAUAGGGACAGGUACUGGAAGGAGCACCAUUUUCAAGGGGUGGCCUUAGUGGAAACAGCACUCCGCCAGGUGUAUGGAUCCAAUCCACCAAGCCUGACUUCAGCUGCUCUUCGCUGGAUGUAUCAUCACUCGAAACUCCAGGCUGACCACGGGGAUGCUGUGAUCAUAGGAAUGUCCACCAUGGAGCAGCUACAGGAGAAUCUCAAGUGCAGCGAGGAGGGCCCCCUCCAAGCUGGUGUGGUGGAAGCCUUUGAGAGAGCCUGGCACCUCACCGCCCACGAGUGCCCCACCUACUUCCGCUGAGAUUACGCCAGCAGGCAAAUGAAGGGGGCGGGGGACUUCCGUGGCUGUUCAUUUGCUGAGGCUAUCACCACUGUAUUUCCAUGUCAAAUGCCUUCUUGCUGCCAAGGAGUCUCUCCUCAACCCUUUCGUCUUGCUGGGUCUCUGCCUCUGUUGCCUUCAAUCAAUAGCAAUUCCCCUGUCUAAAAAAACUGUAGAAACAGGGUUUGAUUUUUAUGGGCUUUAUCUGCCUUUCCAUAGGAAAGUGAUAAAAGUAGUGUGAACUUUGAAACCAAAUGGCUUAUGCAAGAAAUCAACUAUGUACCCCUUUCUUUGCCGGGGAGGAACUUUUAUGAGUUCUUUUGUCUACAGAAUCUACUGUCUGAAUAAAGAUUCUUAAAAUAA